AUGGCUGAAUUUAACUGUUCUUAUAAAAAGGCGUUGACUAUAUACAUUCCGCCUAGUCCUUCGGGAAUAGUUGCAUCAGCUCGGAAGGAAGAAUUACACACUGAAGAUAUUUCUAUGAUAAUUCCUUCAACAUCUCAGAGAAGUUAUGUGGAAGUUUUGAAAUCGUCAAAUACUACAUAUGGCAAUACAGAAACGGCGAAUCAAAAAAUCACAAAAAAAGUUAUUGAAAAGAAAAGUAAGAAGAAGAAAUCUAUGUCAACAAAUAAUCAGACUGGAGAGUCUUUUGAUUGGGGAAUGUAUUCAAACAAUGAAUCUGACAGAGAAUCCUCUAUCGAUGAAGAUACAACAGAAAAUAAAGAAAAACCGAAGAUUUCAUUUAUUGAAUUACUUAAGAGAAUAUCUAAUAUUUGCUUUAUGAAAAAUCUAUCCACGAAAAAGAAGGCAGAACAGGUAGUUUGUGUUGUAUUAGAAUGGGUUGUAUAUAUAAUUGAAAGCAAAAUAUCAGCGUUUACAAUAUUAAAACAAUUAUUUAAUAUUGGAAAUGGG